AUGCUGGCUACGGUGCUCAUCCGAGGUAACUCCGCGGCGGCGGCGGCCGGGAACAAGAUCGCGUUCCGGACGAGGUCGGAGGAGGAGGUGCUCGACGACGGCUACAAGUGGAGGAAGUACGGCAAGAAGUCGGUCAAGAACAGCCCUAACCCAAGGAACUACUACCGAUGUUCGACGGAGGGAUGCAGCGUGAAGAAGAGGGUAGAGAGAGACAGAGACGACACGAACUAUGUCGUGACAAUGUACGAGGGGGUUCACAACCACGCGAGCCCGGGCACAAUUUACUAUGCUUCUCGAGAUCCUGCUACAGGUCGCUUCUUCGUCGCUGGCAUGCAUAGCCAAGGUCCUGGAUGA